CCUCCGCACGUUCAGAACACAACAUGGCGCAAAUACUAAUUGCGGCUAUACUCCUCGUCUCCAAGUUAUUCUUGGUCGCAGUCUGGGCGCAACCCCAACAGCCGUUUCUUACGGAACUCUUCCCAGAACAGCUGCAACAACAGCAGCUUCAGUUCCGACUUAACGACAUCCAGGUGCAGCUGCAACAAGUUCAACAGGCGCUCGAAGCGCAACCGCAAGACCCCGGACUCCGACAGUCUCUGUUGGAGCAACAAGACCAGUUUAUGCGAGCAUUCCAGGAGAUCCAACAGCAGUUUCUCGUCUUGCAGCAACGCAUCCAAGACAGGCUGACAGGCGGCGUCCGUUUUCAACCCGUUCCACUUGUCCAGGUACCACAGUUCCAACAACAGCAACAACAGCCGCUAGUGCCGGUCCCCGUUCAACAACAACAACAAAAACUACCCGUUCCUUCCAAAAAGCCUCAGACUACUCCGGGAUCUUGUAACACUGCCAGCGGAGAACUGGGAAUGUGCAGACCGCUAGUAAGCUGCUUGUCAUUUUACGCUGAGCUAUCAGAACUAAAAAAACAACCGUGCAAGUUGGCCGCCAACGAAUUCGGCGUAUGCUGCCCGAGUAAAAAUCAAAAUCCAGCGAACCAGCAGGCCACUACCACCGGCGUGAUAAAAGCACCACCUCCGCCUCCAGUUGCAAUUCCAGAUUUUACACCAGAACAACUGAAUUUGGCCGCGGCUAACGCGUUGCAGAGACUCAACGAGCGCCAAGUGCUGGUCACGUCAUUAUUCACCAAAAGAAUUUUAGUGCCCACCGGCAGCGCGGCCGCCUGGCAUCAGGAACUCUUCCAGACCACCAACGAAACCCUAUCGCAGGGAGAACAAGCCCAGAAAUCGGUCGACGCUAGUUUGGGACUAGUCAACGAUUUUAAUCUAACAAGAGACCAAGGCACGUUCGCGCUGCCCAGCUUUAGCAUUCUCGACACGGUUCUGGGCGACACUUGUCCCAGGACGUCGUUCUGCCAACCGCACAAGUACAGGUCCACCGAUGGAUCGUGUAAUAACAUCCAACACGAGAUGUGGGGACGCGCUAGCACUGCUCUGCAGCGGAUACUUCCGCCCAAGUACGGCGACGGGGUGAACUCGCCUAGGUCCACUGCCGCGGACGGUUCCCCGCUACCAAGCGCCAGAUUGGUGAGCGUGACGUUCACCCAGGAUGUAGACGCGCCAUCCGAUAACUUCACUAUGCUGUUGAUGCAAUGGGGACAGUUCCUCGACCACGACAUGACACAGACGCCAAUUAGUCGCGGUCAGAUGGGUAGCGGCAUAUCGUGUUGCAGGAACGGCCGUGAGAUAGACUCCUCACUCCGUCAUCCAGACUGUUUUCCAAUAGAAAUCCCUCGCAACGACCAGAUGUUCAGUCCGUUCGGUGAGAUGUGCAUGGAGUUCGUGCGAUCGCUUCCCGCGCCCCGUCCGGAGUGUAAUUUCGGACCCAGAGAACAAAUGAACCAGCUUACGGCUUAUUUGGACUGUUCGAAUAUUUACGGAUCGUCACUGACCGCCCAACAGGCUUUGAGAACAUUCCGGGGUGGUAUGUUGCAGUCUCAGAAGAUCAGAGGCAAACAAUUAUUGCCGGCUAAUCCUUCGGAGUGUUCAGAUGAUACGGGCAGAGCAGCUUGCUUCAGAGCAGGUGACGGACGAGUGAACGAACAACUGGACUUGGCCUUAAUUCACACGAUUUGGUUAAGAGAACAUAAUAGGGUGGCUUUCGAACUGUCCAGGUUGAACCCGAGGUGGAGCGAUGAGGCUGUGUUCCAGGAAACUCGAAGGAUAGUGAUUGCAGAAAUACAGCACAUCACGUACAAUGAAUUCCUGCCUAUCGUAUUGGGGAGGACUUAUAUGACCAAGUUCGGUUUGACGCCAGAAGAGACGGGAUGGACCAGGAAAUACGAUCCGGAGUUAAACGCAGGGAUUACCAACUCAUUUGCGGGAGCAGCUUAUCGAUUUGGACAUACACUCAUACAAGGAAAUAUCCAUGGUUAUGGAAAGUUUGGUAAUAUUCGAGAGAACCUAGUACUCAGCAAACAACACUUUGCGCCGUUUAGUUUGUACAAAGACGGUGCUUUGGAUGACUUUAUUCGGGGACUAUCGUUCCAGAGUUCACAGAAAUUCGAUAGGUUUUUCACUAAAGAAGUCACUGACCAUUUGUUCCAAGGAAAUUUGAACUUCGGAUUAGAUUUGGUGGCAUUGAACGUGCAGAGAGGCCGAGACCAUGGAUUGCCUCCAUACAAUGAAUGGCGUGAAGUAUGCGGUUACGAAAAGGCUAAGAGUUGGAAAGAUUUAGAGGAAUUCAUGGAACCACAAACAAUAACGAGAUUGGCUAGAUUAUAUGGGUCGGUGGACGAAAUAGACUUAUACAUUGGGGGGGUGUCAGAGAAACCGAUAACGGACGCUUUGGUUGGACCAGUAUUUGUGUGCAUUAUAGGCGAUCAAUUUUCGAGGCUGCGUCGUGGUGACAGAUUCUUUUAUGAAGAAGGAGGUCAACCUUCAGCUUUUGAUCAAGUUCAAUUAAUGGAGCUCAGAAAGAGUAGUUUGGCGAGAGUGAUUUGUGAUAAUUCGGACGACAUGGCUCUUAUACAACCGUUGCCUUUCUUGAAACCAUCGCUACUAAAUCAAAGAGUAGCUUGUGCAAGUUCGUCUAUACCCAAAAUAGAUUUAAGGGCAUGGGCCGGAGAAAACACUGCAGUCCCUUAGUCAAUUGAAAUUCAUAUUAAAUUAUGGAAAUUCGAUCAUUAACGAUUUAUGUAAAAAAUAACAUGUAAAUAUAUAACAAAACAAAUCUUUAAUCAAUUAUUUUAAUAUUUAUACAUCUAAAAAUUAUAUUAAUUAUCAGACU